AUGAGGAACUAUUUGCCAUUUAAAAAAAUUUCUUGGCCGUGGUCGAAGAGCGACACGGAGCAGAAUGAGAGGAGUCCGCUCAUACCGAAGGUAGAGUCUACAAAGGAGCUUGAUCAAGUCACGUCCGAGUCCCAGCCAGAGACAAACCAUGGAGCGGACCCCCGCAGCGCCGCCAAACUCCAGCCCUACUAUCAGUACUCCUGGAUGGACUAUUUCCUCAAAUACUUCCUGUUCCUGUGCAACCUGCUGUUCACAGUGCUGGGCCUGGUGGUUCUUGGUCUGGGCUUCUGGGGCCUCAUCAGCAAAGAGUCAUUCGCCCAGGAGAAGAUCGGUAACAUCGGCACCGACCCCAUGCUGGCGCUGGUGAGCCUGGGCUUCCUGCUCACCCUGCUCUGCCUGUCCGGCUGCGUCGGCGCCAUCAGAGAGAACUGCUUUUUGCUCAAGGCGUUCUCCUUCGCCGUGCUGGCGCUGAUCUCGGUCCAGGUGCUGAUCGCCAUCCUGGCCUACGGCAUGCAGGAUCAGAUCGGGGGCUACCUGCGGUCGGGGAUGCUGGCCGCCAUGGCGCGCUACCAAGACGACUUGGACCUGAGGUUCAUCGCUGACGAGAUCCAGUCGAACCUGCAGUGCUGCGGCGCCGAUACCUACCGCGACUGGGAGAUCAACAUCUAUUACAACUGCUCGGCUCCGGGGGUGCUGGCGUGCGGCGUCCCCGCCACCUGCUGCGUGGAUCCUCUAGAGAACGGCACCGUGUGGAACUCCCAGUGUGGCGUCGGGGCCCAGCUGCUGGACGAGUUCACCGCUCAGAGCGUGGUCUUCCUGGGGGGCUGUCUGGGGGGGAUCUCGCGCUGGAUCGAGCAGCACGAAGCGCUGAUCGGGACGGCGGCCGUCGUCGUCCUCGGCGUCCAAAUCGUGGCCGUGUUCAUUUCCACGCGCCUGCUGGAAAGCAUCCGGUGGCAUAAAGUCGACAACGCGAUGUGA